UGGCCGGCGGGGGCGGGGCCGGGCCAGGGGAGCUUCGCAAGCGGCGCUUGCCCUUGUGUCUCGAGCCGGGAAGCGGCUGGGAGCGAAGCAGCUUCACCGCCAGCGCAGCCCCUUUCUCCGCCCGCCAGCGGGACCGGACGGGACGGGAGAGGCGAGCGAGCGGACGGACGGACGGACACGCCGGCAGGGGCAAGGGGAGCCGGGGGGGUACCCGGCACCGCUCCGCGGGGGAAACCUGAACCUGCCCAGCAGCGCCGGAGCCAGCGGAGAGCGCCGCUCCCCCCCCCUACUCCUCCCUCCCCAAUCCACCCCCGCGACCCUGGUCCUCCUCCUCCUCCUCACCCCACUGGAUACAGCGAAGGAGACACUGCGGCGGAGGCGGCGGCGGCGGCGGCUCCUGCGGGGGGAAGGAAGCGCCCGGAGAGCGGAGCGGCGGGAGGCUGCGGAUCUGCGUGCCUGGCGCCCACCCAGCCCGAGGGGAGCCCCGAGGAUGCGGCUGAAGCCCGGCGCGCUCCUGCGCUUCUACAGCCUCUGCGGGAUCCUCGUACAAGUGGCUGCUACAAAGAGCAAAGCUAGAGGCAGCCAAGGGCAGUUUCCACUUACACAGAACGUUACGGUUGUUGAAGGGGGAACAGCAAAUUUGACCUGCAGGGUCGAUCAAAAUGAUAACACCUCCCUCCAGUGGUCAAAUCCAGCUCAACAGACAUUGUACUUCGAUGACAAGAAAGCUCUGAGGGACAACAGAAUUGAGCUGGUCCGAGCUUCAUGGCAUGAACUGAGUAUCAGUGUCAGCGAUGUGUCUCUGUCGGAUGAAGGGCAGUACACCUGCUCUUUAUUUACUAUGCCUGUCAAAACUUCCAAGGCUUUUCUUACCGUUCUCGGUGUUCCUGAGAAGCCACAAAUUACUGGAUUUACCUCACCAGUUAUGGAGGGAGAGAGGAUGCAGCUGACUUGCAAGACUUCUGGUAGUAAACCAGCAGCUGAUAUCAGAUGGUUCAAGAACGACAAAGAAGUUAAAGAUGUUAAAUAUUUAAAAGAAGAAGAUGCAAAUCGUAAAACAUUCACAGUCAGCAGCACGCUGGAUUUCCUAGCAGAUCGCAAUGAUGACGGUGCAGUUGUAAGUUGCAGAGUAGAUCAUGAGUCCCUAAACUCUACACCUCAGAUAGCAAUGCAGGUUCUAGAAAUACACUAUACACCUUUAGUUAAAAUCAUUUCUUCCAAUUCAUGGCCUGAAGAAGGACAAUCUAUAAUUUUGACUUGUGAAUCCAAAGGAAAACCAGUGCCAGAACCAGUACUGUGGACAAAGGAUGGUGGAGAACUACCAGAUCCAGAGAGAAUGGUUGUCAACGGCAGGGUCCUAAGCAUCAGUUUCCUAAACAAAACAGACAAUGGCACGUACCGGUGUGAAGCAAAAAAUCCUAUUGGCCGAAACAGCACAGAAUAUGUCCUGAUAGUACAUGAUGUUUUCAACACUUUGCUUCCCACUACUGUCAUCCCCUCCCUUACCACUGCAACAGUCACAACCACUGUAGCCUUAACAACCAGCACAACCACAUCGGCAACAGCCAUCAACACCAGAGAUCCAAAUGCUUUGGCUGGACAGACCGGACCUGACCACGCUCUUAUAGGAGGAAUAGUGGCUGUAGUUGUCUUUGUAACGCUAUGUUCUAUAAUUCUCCUUGGUCGAUAUCUGGCAAGACAUAAAGGAACAUAUUUAACAAAUGAAGCAAAAGGAGCUGAAGAUGCACCUGAUGCCGACACAGCCAUUAUCAAUGCAGAAGGCAGCCAAGUCAAUGCAGAGGAGAAAAAAGAGUAUUUCAUUUAGAUGCAGAGCUAGAAUCUUGGAGUUUUGCUUAUCAGGCUGACUGCUGGAGAAAACUGGCUAUCAUUUCUCAGCAUUCAUUUCUGCCAUCUUCUGCUAUCUUUAUUAACUCUCAUACCUGCUAUAAGUAGCCAGUUUAUGCCAACAAUCAGCUGUUGACAUCGUCAUUCUAUAAUUACAGUAUCGUGCGUAAAGCAGGACAUUUCUUAUUGCCUAAAAUUCAUAUCCACUGCUCUCUUAACAUACAGUGCUUGAAUAUACAGCCUUAACAAUGUUAAUCAUCAUCUUAAUCCAAGUUUUCUACAUUUUUAAAUGUUAUGCAGCUUUCUUCUUUUUUGGUUUUCUUUUAUCAUGUCCCUACUAGUAUGUCAUAGAACAAUAUUCGUAACAAAUACUGUUAGGUAAGGACCUAAUUUACUUACAUAAAAUGUUGAGUCUAAGAUUAGAGGUUUACAAAGAAUGUUUUAUACAUGUCUAUCUAUAAUUCAAAAAGCAACUUGUUUUUGAAACAUAUGCCCUAGGAAACACAAACUGAAAUCCUUUUAGUAUAGUUUCUUGUAUGCUUGGAUUUGGUGGAAAAAAACCUAUCCGUCCACUGAAUUUUUUGUUUUGUUUUGCUUUGUUAUGCUUUAAAUGGUACCUUGACAACAGUGCCAUGUUUCAGUGGUAAAAACAUGCUGAAUAGCUAUACAGAUUCUGCAAAGUUAGGUAAUAGUGCUUCAUUCGAAACAAAUUUGUCCUGCCCUUUUACUGCUUUUUGGGAUCACAAAGAUUAGAGAUCUUUCUGAGUAAUUUCUGUUUUUAUAAUUUAUUUGCUUCACAUGAACUCACCUGCCUACUCAAAUUUGAAGUGUUCAUGGGGCACAACUGCAAGGCAUUUUAGUAUCUGUAUAUAGUGCAUAUAAUAAAUUCAAUUAAACAUUAUUUGAUACAUAUUUAACUUUUUUGGCAGUAGCUAAGUCAGUCACAAGUAAGCAUUUUCUAAUGUCCAUUAUAUCCCUUUAGAUAUGACUCAAAUCAAUAUUCUGAGUAGAUAACAUGUAUUAGUAUUUUUUUGUCUGUAUGUCCUAGCACUGUUCAGCAGCAUACUUUUCUAGUUCUCGUUAAUUUUUUCUUUGUUAUACAAUGGAAGCACAAUGUUAUAUGGAAAGGUAGUUUUAAGCUAACAACCAGUGCACAGCCUCAGGUUUUAAAUUACAACCACAUUUGAUUACUAUCCUUAAAAAAUAUUAUUGAGUUGCUAAAAUUCUCAAUUUUUAAUUUGGCAGUUCCAGAGCUGCUUCUCUAUGUUGGUUUGCCAAAAAAAAAGAAAAAAGGAAAAAAAAAAAAAGAAAAAAAUAGAAGUGUUAAAACAAAAGAUAUAUGUUUUGUGUAUACAGUAAAUGGACUAAUUCUUUAUAUUAAAUUCCUGUCUAUGCAUUUUGUGAGGUACAAACUUAUGUCACCGUGAAUGAUAGAGAAUUCCUGCCAUGCUUUUAGCUCCACAGUGAAAGUCUCUGUUUGGAUUAUUUCUGAAAUUUUUUGUGUAAUUGACAGCUGAAAAAUCACAUGCUCUUAAGUAAGACAACAAAACACUGUAAGCCCAUCGGCUUAUUUCCUCUUCCAAUGAAGUAAAAAGGUUGCCAGAACAGCUCUUGGAAAUGAUUCUACACUGGAGAACGCAAGUUAGUCUAGCCGGAGCUUGUCUUGCUCCUAAGUUUUGCACCUUUGACAAAAGAGUGUUUCUCUCCGGUUGCUGUACUUGUGAAGCCUAAAAGCAUGAUGGUCUGCUGUAAAGGACUUUCUCCUGGGAUUUUAUUUUUGUGUGGGGAAGGGAGAGUUUGGAAUACGACAUCAUGUAGUAUGGUAAAAUGGAAGAUAAAGGUGCUGUGUCAGAUUAUUUAUCAGAAGAGUAUAAACCUUUUAAGGACAAUAUUAGAGUAUUUUAAUUGUUUUUGUUGAAACAUUUAUCUUGUUGAUUUCUAAGAAAAAAGGGUGACGUCAAUCAAAGCAGCACUUUUUUUCAAAAUAUACAGACAUAAAUAAUAUGAUGUGGUUGAGUGUUAACAUAAUAAAUCAUAUACAGUAUGACAUUUUAAAGAAAUAAGUCUGCAUUGAUGUGAUUGCAUGCUUGUUUUUACAGUUCACUCCAUACCCAUCUGUGGAAAAAUGCAAUAAUAUGUUAAUAUAAUAUGGUAGUUUGAGAGAACCAGGUAGGUGCUACUAGACACAUUGAAAACUAGUAUAGGUUUACAAGAUAUUCAUGUCUUUCAAAACAUACACACAAAAAAGGCUGGCAAAGGAAGUCAUUCAGUUUAAUACCAAAAAUAUGGGUUCUUGUCACAACAGUAAGUUACAUUAGUUACAGUACGGCAUCACAUACGACGAGGCUUUAUUUCAGGACCUGGGGCCCAGUUCAACUAAGCAUUUAAGCACAUGCCCAGCUUCGGGCGUGGGAGAAGUUCCACUGGACUGUAAGGCACUAUUCACAUGCUUAAAAAUAAGUGCUUCCCUGGACGAGGGCCUUGUACGUUCAAGUGGAAUUCCCCACCAAGCAUGGCGUUUACGCCUUCUUUCAUUCUUCCUAACUCCAGCUUGCUCAAAUAGUAGGAUUGUUACUUGAACCAUUGCCCAACCAAGGUCAGGUAGGACCUUCAAAAGCAGGAUUGCUCUUGGGGUAACCAUUUCAAACCAUUUUCUCCAGCGGCACUGAAACAGCAUUAAAACUUUGCAAAAAGAGAUAAAAGUUGUUCCGUUAAAACAGGUGAUUUCAUUGGUUUUCAAUUAAAACUUCUCGCACGUGCUCAUUUUUAACACCGUUGAUCUUCCAUUGUCUUGCACCUGGUGAUGUCCCUUGCAUCUGUGCAAAGCAGGUGUGACAAAACCCCCCACCAAGCAUUCUACCUGGAUAGCGCUUUGCAGGCCUGUCUGGUCUUCACGGGUUUAAAUCGCUACACUAGGUGUACGGAGGCAUCCCUCUUUUUUGUAAGCAGAACCAUGGCUCGCGGCUAGUGACAUUCAGCCGGCUAAAAGCCGGUCGUCCGUUCCCUUUGUCCAAGAUCCCAUUCUGAAAUACCGCUUUGGUUAUGGUGUGAGGUGUCCAGCGAACGUGUAAAACGGAGGCUCUGAACGGGAGCUGCCCUCGCUAAAACGCGCGUGGCAUCCUCUCCCGCACGCACUUGCAGAGUAGUUUUCUCGAGACCAGGUAGCUGGUUUCUGCCAGUGUACUGUUUACAGUGACAGUUGCUGAUUAUUUUUAAACUUCUUGAUGUUGAUUUUUCUUUUUUUAAUGCUUCAAGAACAUUCUCAUGAUUUGAACAAGAAAGCGGUGCAUCGGAAGACAUGGGGUGCAUCCUCCCACUCUUUUAGUGUCAUCUGACAAACCAGGAAACAGUUUAAGGAACCUGAUGUUUAACUUGAGGCUCAGAAUUUAAGCUAGAACACUUUGAAAAGUUCCCACGUUUCUUAAGGAUGGUUCGUCUUGCACUGAGACUCCCUCUGUAAAGGAAUACAUGAAGAAAACCAACUUUUCUAAAUAAGACAUGAAAGUUAACAUCUUGUGUAUUUUCAUUACAGUAUAAUAUAUAUAUAUAUAACUAUUUCAAUGAAACGAAAGGACAGAAUCAUCUGUAAUUAUGUAAUUCAUGAUUGUAACAGCACUGAAGUUACCAUGUACGCACAUGUACAGUAGCUAUUUCAACAGUUACAGUGUAGUUACAUGUAAUUCCCUGUAACAUAGCAGUUAUAGUGUAAUUUAGUGCCACUUAUUGUAAAGUGUUACCAAAAGGAAAAUGGAGUUCUUACCUUUACAAUUCCGUUCAAAUUAAAGGUAAGUUUAUUAAAUUAGCACCGUAAAUCUGAUAAUUGCAUUUCCUAAUUACGGAGGUGAUUUAAAACUUCAUGUUCACACUGCAGCUUUCCCCACCGCUUAUCCAGACUCCUCCAAGUGUCUAAUCUCUACACUCCUAGGAACUGGUAAUCUGUGAUGAACAGACCAAAAAUCCAGCUACUUCAACUUUAAUUGAAUAAGCUGCCUAAUAGAGAAAAACAACGCGUAAUGCUUUUUAUUAAGUGGCACAAAGUACACACUAAAAACUAUGCAAAAAUAUAGGUAAAUACAGUGUACUUACAUGUAAGUAUCUUGUACUUGCUGUGUAUGGAUAUUGGAAAACCGUGUAAUUAUAAUAUGCAUUUUGAUUAUUUCAAGCAGGGGGACGGAUGGCCCCUAACAGUCACAAGGGAAAACUGGAAGGUACAUACACAAGCAGUGGAUAUCCUAAUGCAAUAUGUGUAAUUCCUCUACUUGCAAUGAAAACUGAUUUAUAGAACUGCUUAUACCACUCCUCAUUCUCACUAGCUUUGCUUUCCGUUUCUUUGAGGCCCAUUAAAUAUCACUGAAACACCUUUAGGCAAAGUAGGACACCAACUCCACCAAUGGCUCUGCUGCCAGCGCUCUCUAUGUCUGGCAACACUGUUCUGUAAUCUAUUUCUGGCUCAACAGCACAAGUUUCCUCUUUUUUUCUGUCCUCAAGGGAGCCUAGUAUGUUAAGAUGCUGAAAUAUGCUGCCAUAUGCCCUGGUAUUUUUAGCAUGAACAACAGAGAAAGCGAGCGAGCGAGCGAGCUGCAUUCUUCUGACCCCUAUAUUGCUGAGUCACCUCACCUGGAAUUUCCAUUACUUGCUCAGUAACGCCAGGUAAUCUUAAAUUGUAAGUACAAAAUGCUUCCAUCAAAGUACAGAGGAUGCCUUUAAUGAUACAGCUAACGUUUUGAAAACGUGAAGUUUUGUAUUACUGAUCUUUUUACUUCUUGCCGCUUUUCCAUCAUACCCUUCGAGAAGGAAUGCACCAAAAGACAGAUAACAUAGAAUAGCAAAAGAAGGAAAUAAUAUUGUAAAGCCUUCUUGUGGUUGCCAUUGCUAUAACCCUCCUUUGUGUCCGCAUAACGGGCAAAUACAUGUAUUUAGCAACUGCCGUUAGCGUCAUUCCACACUACUAUUCCUAGAAAAUGACAUCUACCUCUCAGUCUAAAUACUAGCUAUGAGAUAUUUGUAUGCAUUUUAGAAUACUACUGAAUUUUUGGUGUAGUCUUGAAAUAAGAUCACUGUAUUAUUAUUUUUUUUCUGUUAAAAAGAGAAAAAAAAUAGCCUGGGUUCAUAAUUUUUGCCCUGUUCUUUACUAAUUUUGGGAUAGUUAGAGCUUUUGACAGGGCAUAAGGACACAGCCUCAGCUGGUAUAAAUCAGCUUCACUCUGUCGCCUUAAAUGUGGGCCAAUUUACACUGGCUGGGGAUUCAUCCUGAACAGCUUAAAAAUAAACUGCUGUAACACAUCAGUAUUUAGUCAGCACUAGGUAAUGAUGUGCAGUCCAACUGCAACACGGUUCUUUCCAGUAAGGCAUGCAGGUUUGAAGAGAAACCUUUAAAAGCACACGCAAGCUUGUGAAUUAAAUAUGCAAUACCAAUACCGCUCAGAUAUUCUGACAUGUCUCUUGCUUAUUUAAACAUGAUAUUGCCAGGGCAUGUUUACAUUAAAAACACUCAAUGCAUGGGGGACAGGGAAGGACUACUGCAAACAAUAGAAGAAAAUUAAAUGGAUAGAGCAGCCUUUGAUGUCAACAGAGCAGAGUAGAUACUCUUACCAAAAGGGUGGGACUUCCUACAUGGUUUUUCAGAGCGGGCCUCGUACCUCUGAAGCAACUGGGAGUUGUCUUCUUGGCAUUACUGGAAGCUAGCGCGGUUCCUUCUUGCUAUCAACGAAUCUAACCCAGCACUCUGCACUUGUUUUAACUCAGGAGGAAAUAAGGGUACAAACAUGGUUUAACAGCACACUUCUGUAUCACUCCACGUUCUCGGGAUGCUCCAAGCUUUGUGCGCUUCCAGCAGCCCUUAAGGGAAUUCUUCCAGCAUCUAGGAAUCAUCUUGUUGCCAAGCCACGUACAUUUUCUUCAGCGGCGUUUAACGUACUCGCAACCAGACAGAAGACGGUGUAGAGCCAGUAUGAUGACUCUACGGUACUAGGGGCUUCCAGAGCCUCAAAGUAGAUGUCAAAAAGAAAUCCUUCAUGGCUUCUGUGUUUACUAUAGAUCUGCCCUCCAUGUUCUGUGUCUUAAGUCAUUUAUUGUCUGCUGGGCUAAAAGCAGCAGUCCAAUUGGAAAGGAGGUAGGGAAAAAAGUCUCUCCUCUGAAAGGAGCAGUCUGUGCUACUAUUAAGGAAAAGCUCAAGGAUUUUUAUUUCUUCUUCCCUUUUUUUUUUUUUUUUUUUUUUUAAGAUUCCAGGUGCAAAGCCAAGCCUGUUGGAGUCAGCACUUUAGCACUUUCCCUGUGUUCGGGGUCAAGCCAGCAGUGUUUCGCGUGUGAGCUCUGAUCUCACGUUUCAGCACAAACUACAGACAGCCUUACCCUGCCCUUACGCAUAGUGCUGGAAAUCACUGAGGCUAUUUUCUCCUAAACGUACUCAUUCUCUUAUUCUACAAUCAAAUCAUUGAAAGGUUUUCAUAAUGGGUUCAAAAGGAGGGGUUUUAAAGUAAUAACUUGUAAAGAAAAUAAUAAUGAUGAUGAUCAACUGUUUGCGUUGAUUAUGAAGAGGAGGAAAAUCUUUAAUUGCUGGACUGAAUUCUUUAUCACUUCCUCUUUUUCUCCUUUCUAUGCAUAUUGAUUAAUGUUAGUAAAUAUGCAGUUGCACAUGUUGUCCUUUUUCAGUGAAAGCUUAUCCCCCUGUGUAGCUUCCAUAGAAAUAUGCAAAUAUGACCUACAAUCCUCUGCUUCUGCCUAAAGAGUGAGCCAAGAGAGUGAACUCAUGGAUUAGGGGAUUCAUAUAUGUCCUGCUUCCAUAAAAGUUGGGUACAAUAUGCCUAUUGAUUUCAGAAGAACAAGGCUCAAGUCCGUAAUGCACAUGUUUUGAGUUGCUAUUUAGCUCUUUUCCAGCGGAAUUAUAAAGCAUUCCUUGUGCAUCCUUUACUUUUAGCCUAGAUGUUUUAUAACUACAAAAAACCUUCAGUUCAGCAGGAAGUUUCCUAGAAUAAAUAGUAUGGCCUAAUUUGUGAAAGGACUAUAACGACUUCAUCUGUUCAUAGCCAGCGUAAGUGCACUCUCCUAGGAACUCCAGCGUACCCUGCUCUUACCCUGGCAGUUGAGGGCCUUGGGACGGAUAUGUUUGACUGGUUCAGAAAUACAACCACGAACCUGUAAACAAAUUCCAUGGGAAUUAAACAUAUUGCACCGAUGAUGAGACACAUUGACUUCAUUUAAUUUCCUCAUUAAUAACUUUAAACAAGACAAAAUGCAUAUUGUAAUGUUAGGUACAUGACACUUGCAUGUUGCUAUGCCUAUAUACUUACAAAGUAUUCAAUGUGUACUUAGUGGCGCUUAAAAAAUGUCAUGUACAAUUCUUCUAAACAUUCUUACAGGGUUCCCAUUUGCACUUCAUCUUUCAGAAAAGUCUUGUCAGAAAAAUGUCUGAUGAAUAUUAUUGAAAAAAAU